CGUAAUAGAGAGCAAGCUUACCUUGCCGGUGAGUGGAAUUUCCCUCGCUUUCGUAGCUCUUUCCUUCCGAAACCAGAGCCCGCGUACCUGCAUAAGGAGGCUCACUACCAAUCACCGGGUCCACGCCUCAUAAAUGUGACGCUGCGCUCGACUGCGCCAUCGACACGGUGGUGCUGUCAGUUGGCAAUGGACGUUGUGUUGAAGGAAUUGGUAGAUGUGAGUGCUCGCGUUUUUUUUGUUCUGAAUCUUUACUUUCUGUUGUGUUUGUGCGGCUCUUUUUUUCGAAUGUCGGAUACCACGCUCAUCUGAUUCAUUCGCUAGCGUGGGCUUCGACUCAAUGACUUUAUUUCUAUUUUUACAGAAUGUCACGGCGGUGCGCUGGAGUAUUCAAUGUCAACAGCUUCGUAAUAUCGAUUCAACGUUGUCCAACGUCCUCUACUUCACCACUACGUCUUCAACGACGGAGGCUCGUGACUGUUUGCACGCUUCUGACACUCGUGUGCACAUGUUCCCAUUUGUUCGCGCCCGCGUCUGCACUUGCCUGCGCAUGUUGGUACUUGGGUACGGGUUUUUGCCGGGAUGGCCCCCAGUACCCAGAAUUUACCCGUGCAGAUCGAUAUGCUACCCUGGGUCUUGUGUGCGGUAGAUUUCCUGCAACUGUCGUGCAGCUAACACGAAGAGACAGUGCUGCUCGCAGUUUACCGACCAUAAACUUAUGCGAAAAUCGCGUAGACUUUCAGACAGGAUGCGAGCACCAAAAAUGGGCGAUCCAUACCAUAGAUGGACCAUUAUCAUGCUUCAAUAUUUCCAUAAGCGCAUUAUUUAUGAGCUGACUGAGCAAACGCCGGACCGCAGUGGAUGUCAAACUUUC